UACCUGAGCAAAAUGAAACCAGUUUUUGAACUAUUCCAAAGAACUUUAUCCCACGUUCCUGUUGAUGUUAUUGUGUUGAAGUUGAACACUUAGCAAGAAACCUCCACAUUCAUUUUUAAUCACUGAUAUUCAUGAAUGCUGCUUAAUUGGAAACCUCAAACCGAACGUCAAAGUGAAUGUUUAUAGAUGGUUUACAGUGCAAGCUCAAGUUGUGAUUUGAGGUUAUGUUGACAAGUUGUUGCAAAAGUUUUUGAUUUCUGCCUUCAAAAAGCUUAAAAGAAAGUAUUGUGUUCUUGUGUAUUGAAAAGUGUACUUACAUUAAAUUUUAGUGGUUAUUCGACUUAUGGAAUUCUUAAACAAAAUUGGAUAAAACGUUUUAUUAUUGUAAACUGCCAGUGUUGAUAUUUUUUUCUUUUUUAUUAUCUGUGAUGGCAAUGGCCAAUCGAGUGCCCGGUACGUGUUGUGCGGCCUCCGUGGAGCGCGCGGGCUUGCCUGGCUUGCUUCGCGAUUUACAACGCCUCGCAGAAGACCAUGACUCCGCUGAUAUUGUGUUUAUUCUCGGCACAGCGGAAGAAAAAGUUUUCGCGCACAAAAUAAUCAUGAUUGCAAGGUGCAAAAGUUUUCAAAACACGAAGCGCGGUGAGGUCUGUCGCAUUCCCGGAUGUACAGUAACGCCAUCUGCUGGCUCCCAGCCCACGCCUAUAAGGAUGCCCCACGUGCAGCCAGAUACGUUUCGGCUAUUUAUUCAAUAUGUUUAUACUGGGAAGCUUCUACUUCAAGAUUCUGGCGUUUUUGAAAUGAUGACACUUGCUGCCGAUUUGGGUGUGGAGGACUUACGGGCUGCCUGCGAAGAUCACGUCACUUCCACUCUCAGUGUGGAGAGUGCCUGCACUUUGCUGGCUGCAGCCAUGGAGAUUCAAGACAGACCUGGUGGCAAAAGUGCGUCAUCAUUCAUGGAGCGCUGCAUAGCUUUUAUUGGAGACAAUGCAGCAGAUUGUGUCAAGACUAAUGCGUUCCUGAACCUGCCUAAAGAAGCAGUCAUCAAGCUCAUCUCAUCAGAUUUUCUAUGUCUAGAAGAAGAGGAAGUGUGGCGCUGUGCGCUGGCCUGGGCCAAGCAGCGGGCCGGUGUCACCCAGCCCAGCCCACACUGGACCGAGGAGGAGCGAGCUCGGGUCUGCCACCACCUGUGUCCGCUCAUGCAGCAUGUGCGGCUGCUGCUCAUUGACAGCGCGGUGUUCGCGGAGGAGGUGGAGCCGACGGGCGCCGUGCCCAUGGAGCUGUCGCUGGAGCGCUACCGCCGCGCCGCGCUGCACGCCGCGCCCGCGCCUUCGUCCGCGCCCUCACCUGCGCCCGCGCCGCAACACAAGCACGACAAGCGCACCACGCCCAGAUUGGCAGUAAACAUGUUCGCGGGCAGCCUUAUUCUGCAACAAGACAAGAGCGCUUUCCAGGCUAUCAUCAACAACUGGUGCGGCACCCCCAAGCAGAGCUGGCGCCUGGCGUUCCGCGCGUCGGCGCACGACCACUCGGCGCUCGCCUUCCACCAGCACUGCGACGGCCUCGCGCCGCUGCUGCUGCUGGCUCAGCUGCCCCGCGGCGAGAUCAUCGGCGGCUACAGCGAGGUGUCGUUCGGCGCCGGCGCCGGCUCAGGCGGGACAGGAGGCACAGGAGGCACAGGCGGCUACGUGAGCGCCGCCCGCGCGUUCCUGUUCGCGCUGCGGCCGGCGCCGCUGCGGCUGCCGCUCGUUAAGAAAGCCUUUGCGCUCUGUUACCAUCCGGAUUGCGGGCCGAUCUUCGGCGCGGGCGCAGACCUGCUGAUCUCCAACCACUGCAGCAGCAACAGCGACAGCUACAGCAACCUGCACUCGUACGGCGACCCCACCUCGCCCGCCUCGCUCGUGCAGGACUACAACUUCUCCGUUCGCGAUUACGAGAUCUUUACCUACAAGCAUAACUGAUUAUAUUCAAUCCAUCAUACAUGGAACGACAUCGACACGUAAAAAACUCUGCCGCAAUAAACAAAAGCGCAUCCCAUUUUUUUUUUUCAAAUUAGAGUUACAGUCUGUCCAUUAGAAUCCAGUUAGUCCAUUAGAGUUACAGUCUGUCCAUUCCAGUCUGUCAAUUAGAGUUACAGUCUGUCCAUAAAGAAUAGAAAACAAGGUCGCUGUAUGCUCGUGGCUGACGAUAUUGUUUCUGGCUGCGACCACGGCGCGACUACAAGGUCGUUGAAAAGUCAGCAACAGGUUCGUGCUAAGUCCCGUUAAUAUAAUUUAUGUAGUGAAAUAUUUUUUAUCAACCAAUUUUGACCAUUCUAUUAGUUAUUGCAAUGGUAGUUCGUGUUCACAUAUUCGUUAUCAGUGCAAUAAGGCAAUCUGCCAGUAUUUUUAUAUGGAUUCUGAAAAAAAUUGGUUUUUUUUUUUAUGACGGCAAAGUUUAUGUUAUUAUGAUGCUAUUUUAUGCUAUGAUUUAUCCGAGUUUAUGAUUUAUGCGUAAUAAGUACCGGUGCUCAUUUUUUGCAUGAAAUUAUGAAUAUUGUACGCGGUACACACACAUGUACACGGUAAACUUGUACCGCUACGUCUUGGUCUGUACCGGCCUUUUAUUAUGCAUACGCAGAUCGAAAAUAGUUUCGUGAUGUUAAUUUCGGUGUCAAUAUAUGGUAAUAAUUAUUUUCCUUGCUCUAUUGACUACAUAUCAAGUGGUUAUGUGUAUGAUUUAUGUUAAAAUUAAAAUAUGUCCGAACUUUAAAUCAGUAUUGUAUAGUUAUUAAGAUAUGAAUUUAGAAAAUAAACUUUCUUUUCUA